GGCGGGGCGGCGCCGAGCGGAGCCACAGCCAGGUGACCUUGGAAGGCAGAGCCGGGCUGCUCCCGCUGCCGCUAGCGGGGAAGCUGGGUGGAGAGACCGCCGAGAUGGUGGAGGACGGCGGCGAGGAGGAGGCAGAGGGGGAAAGCGGCGAGAUGCCGGCGGCCGGGGCCCCGCUGCAGCGCUGCAAUGGCUUCCUUCCCGGCAAGGAGGCGGCGGCCCCCGCGGGCGGCGGGGAACAGCCGGCCCCGGCGGCCCCGGAGGCCSAGGCGAUGCUGGCAGCACCUUGCGAGCGGUCGGAGACGCGCCUUGAGACGCGGCUGUCGCGACGGCGGCUGGCGGUGCUGGCCGUUUUCAGCUGCUACUCGCUUGUGAACGCCUUCCAGUGGAUCCAGUACAGCAUCCUUAGCAACGUGUUCGCUGGCUUCUACGGCGUGUCCUUCACGGAAAUCGACUGGCUCUCCAUGGUGUACAUGGUGGCCUACGUGCCGCUCAUCCUGCCGGCCACCUGGCUGCUGGACGCCCGCGGUCUGCGSCUCACGGCGCUGCUGGGCUCGGGGCUCAACGCGCUGGGCGCCUGGCUCAAGUGCGGCAGCCUGGCCCCCGAGCGGUACCCCCUGACCCUCACCGCCCAGGCCGUGUGCGCCGUGGCCCAGGUCUUCAUCCUCGGGCUGCCCUCCCGCAUCGCCUCCGUCUGGUUCGGCCCCACAGAGGUCUCCACCGCCUGCGCCGUGGCUGUGCUGGGCAACCAGCUUGGUACUGCAAUUGGCUUUUUGUUGCCACCUGUUUUGGUUCCAAAUACCCCGAAUGAUAUUGAUCUUAUGGCACAUAACAUCAGCAUCAUGUUCUAUGGAACGGCAAUAGUGUCCACACUUCUGUUCUUCUUAACAGGAGUUGUGUUUGAAGAAAAACCCAAAUACCCUCCUAGUCAUUCUCAAGCAGUCCUGCAAACUAAACCUCCUGAGGAUUACUCCUACAAGCAGUCCAUUAUUAACUUGUUAAAAAAUAUUCCAUUUAUACUUUUGCUGAUCAGUUAUGGUAUUAUGACUGGGGCAUUUUAUUCUGUGUCCACUUUAUUAAACCAGAUGAUAGUAACUCAUUAUGAGGGAGAAGAAGUGAACGCUGGGAGAAUUGGCUUGACACUGGUGGUGGCAGGAAUGGUGGGUUCGAUUAUUUGUGGUUUGUGGCUGGAUUACACUAAAACAUACAAGGAAACUACUUUUAUUGUUUACAUUCUCUCUUUCAUUGGGUUGCUGGUGUUUACCUUCACCCUGGACCUCGGAUACCUUAUAGUAGUGUUCGUGACUGGAGGAGUACUUGGGUUCUUCAUGACUGGCUACCUUCCACUUGGAUUUGAAUUUGCUGUGGAAAUUACAUAUCCAGAGCCUGAAGGCACUUCCUCGGGUCUCCUUAAUGCAUCAGCACAGAUAUUUGGAAUUGUCUUUACACUCGUUCAAGGAAAGCUCACAACAGACUACAGUCCUCGUGCAGGAAACCUCUUUCUUUGUGCUUGGAUUUUUGUGGGCAGUAUUUUAACAGCCUUAAUAAAAUCAGAUUUGCGAAGACACAGUGUGAAUUCAGGGAUUAUGAACUUGGACAUUAAACCUGUACCAGUUGACAGUCCUGUAGAACCUGAAAGCACUACAUUAAAGAUUCAGUCAACUUUAUAAAGCUGAAGAAAGGUGGCUUAGGAACACACAAGUUUGGUUAGAUAUGGAACAAUAUGAAUUAGUGUAAUCACUGGAUUUGUAUGUACAAAUAGUAAAAUGUGUUUGUUGAUAUUGGUGGUAGUUGUCUGUUGGAAGCUAUGAAGAUGCUCAGUUCAUUUUGCCCAAGAUGUGAACAAUUCACCUUGAUAUGGAAUAUUUAUUUUAACAGUUUGCAAGUUUUGCAGUUUCAUUAGUAAAGGAACUGUAUGAACAAUCUCCACAGCAGGGAGAGGUGUAUUCAGGAUGCAUACUUGAAAAAAAUCAGGAAUCCUGAACUACAGUUGUCAUGAUCAGAAAUAUCUAAUCUUCUUUUCUUGUUCAGUCUUGCUGGUGCAUUUGGAAAAUCAAAAAGUAGGGAGGUGCACAGCAAGAAGAUGUUCAUGAGUUCCUUUUUUAUUCUAAAUGUAUCUGUAUUUUAAUAUAAACCAAUGAUUCCUUCUGGGAAAGUUAUAGCACAAUACUGAAAACAAGAGAUGAUGUGUGUGUUUCAUAUUGGCAUCUGAUACUUCUUUUGCCUUGAAACUUCUUUAUAGUAUCAGAAGGCAGAUAAGAGAAAACACUGUUCCAUAGCUUCAUUGUAGCAUUUCUGGGGAAAUUUUAAAAGUUUCUCACUAGAUAAACUGGAGAAAAAACAUUUCUUAUUAAAUACAGUGAAAAGGAGGAGAAAGGCCUUUGCUAUCUCUGUUGUGAAGUAUUUAUAAGGAACGGAACACUACCAUACAAGUUUCCUCCAUGGAAUAUUUUGAGUGCUUUCUCAGUUAAAGAGAGAGGAGUACGUGUUUACAAAGAGCCGGUGCCUUUACUUUGUAAAGAAGAUCCCUGCCUCAUCUUGAGUUUAAUCAGUGCUGCUGAAGAAAUUCCAUUUUGUGUGUUAAACCUUCUCUGAAUAUUUGUGGAGUAUCAGAAAAUGUGUUCUGUCCUUUUUAUGAAUUGUAUCACUUGUCUUGUGAAAUUCUUGUGCUUUUGUAACUUAAAUCAUGUCUUUUGCAGUUUGUUAAAAGCUAUAAGGAUGACUGAAAGGAAAAUAGUGAUAUUUUCACUUUCUCUGAUCAAAUAUUUGCUUUUAUACCAUCUUACCUGCAAAAUGACCAGUCUUCAUUAACCUUCAGUUUUUGUUACUUCAUUUAUGUGUAUUUGGGAGGAGGAUUUCUCACUGCAAUGCUUCUGAAAAUGUUCUCCUUCACCUUGUGCUCUGUAUACACACCCACAGAACUGAUAGCAUCACAAUAAUACUAUUGCUGGGAAAGUCAGACCUGGACUUUUUGCCAACAUUUAACUUUCAGCUCAGUAAGCUGAGUCUGAAAAUUCAGUGUCAUCAAUGAUGCUGUGUCUUCAAGUUCCCUCAGAUGCAGUGCCAUCCAGAAGGUGAAUUCUCCUCAAAGUUUUCCACCAAUUGUUACAGUUGGGUGUGGGGGACUAUUUAACUCUGAGCUGGUUUCAGCUGGGCUAGAGUUCAUUUUCUUCACAGUGGCUGGUAUGGGGCUGUCUUUUGGAUUUGUGCUGAACACAGGGUUGAUAAUAYAGAGAUGUUUUUGUUGUUGCUGAGCAGGGCUUAUGCAGAGCCAAGGCCUUUUCUGCUUUUCAUACGUCAGAAAAGGCAAGGAGGUUGGGAGUGCAUGGGAGGUUGGGAGGAGACACAGGCAGGACAAGUGACCCAAACUGACCAAGAGGAUAUUUGAGACCAUAUGACAUCAUAUUCAGUAUUUACAGUGGGAGGCAGAAGGAGGAAGAGAGAGAUAUUUGUAGUGAUGGUGUUUUCUUCCCAAGUAGCCAUUGCACUUGAUGGGGCCCUGGGCUCUUCUGGGGAUGGCUGAACAUCUGUCUGCCCAUGGGAAGCAGUAAAUUAAUUCCUUGUCUUGCUUUGCUUCUGUGUGUGGCUUCUGCUUUCCCUAUUAAACUGUCUUUAUCUCAACCCAUGAGUUUUCCAGCUUUUACCCUUCUGAUUCCCUUCCCAAUCCCAUUGGUGGGGAAGGGAGUGAGUGAGCAGCUGUUUGGGACUUUGUUGAUGGCUGUGGUUAAACAACAGCAAACUCCAAGGUAGUCCUUAAGUACAAUAAAUAUCAUUAAGUGCUUUUCUUAUUUCACUAUAGACUUAGAGAAUCUUUUGGUAUAAAAAGGGCCCUGAAAACUUGAUUUCUAAGUUUAGCCUCUAAAUGUGAUGAUCUUGGUUUAAAUAUUUUGUAUGAUAAAUGUUUUAGACAGGGUAUCAGAAUAAACUAAACCCACUUGGAAUAUUUGCCUUGCCAAAAAGGGUUCACGUCUCUUUGCCAGGUCUAGUGCUAGAGAAAAUGGACAGACCUUGCUGCCUGGUGAGCUCCACUGCUGAAGUAGCUGAAUAUAGGAAAAGUAUUCUUGGAUAUUCAAACAGCAAGCAAGGGUGUAGGAGUUGAAGUAGACAUGCUUUCAUUGUGUCAGUCCUUUACAUUUCAUGACUUGCUGUGAUAGAAGCUGCCCCAUCAAGGGAUAUACAUGUUUUCAGCCUGAGUGAUAAAUGUGGAAGACUCUGCUUUGUUUCUUAUGUGGGUGGCUUUUCUCUUUGGAAAAAUGCUAAUAAUAUGUGCCAAAAUAUAUAUAUGUUUUUCAGCAAGAUACAGAUUCAGAAAAUAUUUAUGUUCAUGGCCCGUGUUUGCUUUGAUUUUUGGUGUUGCAAAAUCUUAACAUGAUAAUAUUUUUGCAGUUUUGGGGAAUUGUUUUCAAAUGUCCAGUAGAAAGUCUUUGGCAGCACCCAGAAUGUUUGCUGACCUGUUCAGUACACAUUGUUCAAAUUCAGAGAUUAAGUUCUUUUUUUCUUUCUUCAAAUCUACUUUUUAAUUCUUUCCUUCACUACUAGUUUCCAGUUUCUUCAAUUAUGGUCAGCUGAUUAUUGAAAAAAUAUUCUAUUUCUGGCUCCUUGUUUUUUUUGUCUUCUGCCAAAUUACUUGGCUACCUUCUGAAAAGGUCCAAACAUGAUUUUGGCAUGCUGGAAAUCCUGCUGGGUCACUGAAAAGAAAAUAUUCCUAAUAAUGAAGACUUAAUUACAUCCUGGACUUAAUAUUCUGCUUCUAAAAGGAGCUUUAAAGCUGGACACCUGCGAGCUAUUUUCAGGCAAUGAUAAAGUAUUUAAAUGGAAGGCUCAGCAGCAGAAUAAAGAGCAAAUAAAGAGCACAUCAGUGUUCUAAGUGAUAACCUUACCAUCUGCCUGUCAAGAAACUGAGGUUCUAGCACAUGGCAGAAAUAAAUUUGGAGUAGUUGAGGCUUUGUGAUUUUAAUUUUUGGGUAUAGCAGACAACAUAUACUCAAUCGAACACAAAUAAAGAAUCAUAGAAUGUUAAGAAGCUGGAACCUUAAAGAUCAUCUAGUCACAACCCACCAGCCAUGGUUCCUGCCAGGGACAUUUCCCACUAGAUCAGGUUGUUCAAACUGUAUCCAGCCUAGCCAUGAACAUUGCCAGGAUUGGGGUGUCCACAACCUGCCUGGGCAACCUGUUUCAAUGUCGUAUCAUCCUCACAGUAAAAAAAUUCUUCCUAAUAUCUAAAUUAAAUUUCCCCUCUUCCAGUUUAUACCACUUCCCUCUUGUUCUGUCACCACAGUUCUUGACAAAGCAUCCCUGUCUUCCCUGUGGUGUCUCUUCAGAUACUGGAAGGUUACUAUGAGUUCUCCAUGCAAUCUCCUCAGCCUAGAAAUUCCACAUGCAUUUGGAAUUGGAAAUAAGGUUUCUAACUCUUAGUGUUGAGAUCCUGGCCAGCCCUCCAGAAUGAAUAGAACUGGGGGCUAGAAAUCUGAACUGUUUAAAGAGAUAAUCGUAUCAUGAAUGGAAUUACAUAUCAUCUUGGAGAGGAUGGUGUGGAAAACCAAAUGAGGGGAGGCUUCCCGAUCCCAUGAAUCAACUUUUGCUUUUCAAUUUGCUUCUUUUUUUAAGUGUUUUAAGAGAACUCUAGAGGAUGCAAGAGAACUCAUGCAAUGGGAAACUUAACAUAGGGGCUGCCCCCAAGUUCCCAGGAGCCCAGCAGGGUGUGCAAUCGAUAACUUUCAGCUACAAGAUUCAAAGGCUUGCUUUAAAAUUAAUUUUUCAUUUCUUCCAAGCCAUGUUAAACUUUUGGUAAUUUCUGUGGAAGAGACUCGGAGAACAUUGACCCAUUUUUAUUUAGGAUUCUUAGCAUGGCCUUAAAUCCCUCAUUUCUGCUGGCUGGGUCUGAAAAUAACAGACCUGUAAGGCAUAGUCUGGAAUUGCUCAUAGAUAAACCCUCAGAACAAGUAUUUUAUAGAAGGGUGCUUGUCUUUAGUAACAACUCUCUCUUUUGCUAAAUGCCCAUGUUUCACAAGGAAGAAAGAACAAGGAAGGAAGUAGGAAGAAUACAUAUGAAUCAUUCCACAUUAAUAGAGCUUUUCUAACUUCAGCCUCUUGGUCACCUCAAGGCAGUCUGGUUGUUUCAGAGACAAUCAGUGGAGUGUGUAAUUGGAGCUGCCAGACCAUGUUGCCUGAUGAAAAAAYGGCUUUUGAGAAAUAUUUGGGCUAUCUUGUGCAUCUACAACCAGGUGUAAUUGGGUUAAGCUGUAAACAUUUGUUUUCCUAUUCCAUUUUGUGARCUCACAAUGUGAAUGGGAAUGUGUGACCUUUACAGUUGUUGUCUUUCAAUGUGUAUGUACCGCCUUCUCAAGUGUUACAGGCUACUAAUGUUUCAUGGAGCUCAAGCUGUCAUUGUACACAGUAACAUGUGAUUGCCCCMAGCCCCACCAUUUGGUCUGAAGUCUAUGAAGAGGGAGAAUGGAUGUUAAUGCAGGAACUAGAAUGAAUUAAGCAAAAAAAUUUCCUAAGAAAAAUGUAUUUCUGUGUAAGACCCAUGUUAUUUACUGCUCAUGUCUUUGUUCUACUUAUGAAGAUAACAAAUAUGUUUUGUGAUAAUAUUUUGGUUUUGUUAGUGUCCARUUCUUUAUUUCAAGAGAAAAUUAAAAGUUCUUAAUGCAUAUUCUCUGAUUGCAAUAUUGUAUGUAUGUGUUACAUGGAUGGCAUCAUUCCUUACCAUUAUGUGUUACUAAUAAAGUCUAUAAUGCCUAAAUUGAUUGGGGCCAAGAUUAAC